AUUUGUCAUCCCUACAAGUGGGCCAUCCCCUCUGUUUCUUUUUCAAUAAAUCAAGAGCUGCAUGCUUCACUCUGCAUUCCCAUCUCUGCCUUUCUCCAUUUCCACCGCCAUGGGAGCUCUGCACAAACCUUCCCAAUCCCAUAUUGUUAUGGUGCCAAGUCCAGGAAUUGGCCAUCUAAUUCCCCUCCUCCAGUUCGCCAAACGCCUUGUCUCCCUCCACGCCUUAUCCGUCACCGUCGCCAUUCCCUCCGACGCCCCUCCGACCAAAACACAAAAAGCUCUCUUCACCAACCUCCCUUCCACCAUCCAACCUCUCUUCCUCCCGCUCCUCUCCUUCUACGAUCUCCCCAAACACACCAAAAUUGAAACCAUCAUCGCUCUCUCUGUAACUCGCUCUCUUCCGUUCAUUCGCGACCUCUUCAAAUCCCUCAUCGGGAAAACCCAUCUUGUUGGCCUUAUCGUCGACCACUUCAGUACUGACGCCUUCGAUGUCGCCAUCGAAUUCAACGUCCCUCGCUACCUUUUCUUCCCUCCCUCCGCCAUGUCCCUUUCCUUCGCCUUUCAAUUGCCCAGCCUCGACCAAAUCGUCUCCGGCGAGUUCAGGGACCAUCCCGAGCUGAUUCCGAUUCCUGGGUGUAUUCCGAUUCAUGGGGAAGAUCUCUUGGAACCGGCUCAAGAUAGGGAGGAUGAUGCGUACAAGCUAUUACUCCAUAACUGUAAGAGGUAUAGAUUGGCCGAUGCUAUUUUUCUUAACAGCUUCCCGGAAUUGGAGCCGGAAGCUAUGAAAGCUCUGCUAAAGGAGGAAGCAGGGAAGCCCCCUGUUUAUCCAGUGGGUCCGCUGGUGAGAAACGAUUGCAGUGAAAACGGAAAGAGAGCGGAGUGUUUGAAAUGGCUUGAUGAACAACCAAAUGGGUCGGUUCUGUUCGUGUCAUUUGGGAGCGGUGGGACUCUGUCGAGUGCUCAAAUCAAGGAAUUGGCGUUGGGAUUGGAAAUGAGCGAGCAGAGAUUUCUAUGGGUGGUAAGAAAGCCAAACAACGAGGCGGCUAAUGCAACGUUUUUUAGCGACGAGAACGAGAACGAAGCGUCGAGCUUCUUGCCGGAGGGGUUUAUGGAGAGGACGAAAAACAGGGGAAUGGUGGUGUCAUCGUGGGCGCCACAGGUUGAGGUGCUGAGGCAUGAGUCCACCGGGGGGUUCUUGAGCCACUGCGGGUGGAACUCGACGCUGGAAGGCGUGGUGAAUGGGGUUCCGCUGAUUGCUUGGCCUCUGUACGCAGAACAGAGGAUGAACGCCCAUAUGCUGACAGAGGACAUUAAAAUAGCUUUGAGGCCGAAGAAGGAGGAGGAAAGUGGGAUUGUGGAGAAGGAAGAGAUUGCAGAAGUGGUAAAGUCGUUAAUGGAAGGCGAAGAGGGGAAAAGAAUUCGAGGGAAAAUGAAGAAUCUGAAAAAUGCAGCGGAAAGAGGUGCGGGGGAAGAUGGGUAUUCAUCCAAAGCAGUGUGUGCAAUGGGUAUGAAGUGGAAGAAGACGAUGAUGAGCUCCCAAAAUGGGUAUGAAUUGGAAGAACGUGAAGAUCUGCAAUAAUAAAAAGCUUUUGAAUCUUGAAUUGCCUCUGGGGGGAUUGAAUUUGUUGUCUUGAAUCACAACUCCCUCACUUUGUACAAUUUGAAUGUGAUGAUAACAACCGAAUU